UCAGACUUGACCCCCUUUCCUCUCCACUCUCUGUGUAUCAAGAAUUAGGGUUUUAAGUGUCCUCUUGUUAAUAUUCAGGAGUUGUGCUGAUAUUUUGGAAAAUGAGGGAGACUGGAAAACGAUAUCAUUCACAGAGAGACCAUGAUGGGAGCAGAAAAAAUCAGAAGCGAUGGGUGAAUGACAAAGAUGAAAAGGGCAAUGAUGAAUUGAUUGUUUAUAGGAUACUCUGUCCAGAUGAACUUAUUGGGAGUGUUAUUGGUAAGAAUGGGAAGGUGAUAAAUUCCAUAAGGCACGAGACCAGGGCAAAGGUCAAGGUUGUGGAUCCAUAUCCUGGUGCCAAGGAUCGGGUUAUAACAAUCUACUGCUACGUUAAGGAUAAGGAAGAAGUUGAGAUUGAUGAUGAGUUCGAUGGUAAGGAACCUCUAUGUGCUGCCCAAGAUGCUCUUCUCAAGGUUCAUGUUGCCAUUAUGAAUUCCAUGGGAACUGUUGGAGAUUCUGAGAAAAAACGUAAGGGUAAGGAUGAAUGUCAAAUCCUUGUUCCAUCAAGCCAGUCUGCAAAUAUCAUUGGUAAGGCUGGGGCUAACAUUAAAAAGCUGAGAAGUAAGACAAGGGCAAAUAUCAAGGUUACUGCCAAGGAUACAGCUGACCCAACACACUCAUGUGCUAUGGAGUUUGAUAAUUUUGUCUUGAUCACUGGUGAAUCGGAAGCAGUUAAAAGAGCACUAUUUGCAGUUUCUACUAUUAUGUACAAGUUCAGUCCCAAGGAGGACAUCUCUCUUGACACAACUGUACCAGAAGGCCCACCCAGUAUUAUCAUUCCCUCUGAAGUUCCAAUUUAUCCAUCUGGUGGAUUAUAUCCAGCUUCAGAUCCUAUUAUCCCACCGAGAUCUGUUCCUCAAAUUAUAGGUGCUACAAACAUGCAAGAUCUUCAAGGUUAUGCAGAUGCAACAAAUACAUGGCCUCUGUACUCAUCCGCCCUUCCAGUAGUUUCUGAUGUUGGUGCUUCCCAGUCUGAGGAGUUAAUUGUUAGAAUGUUGUGCCCCUCUGACAGGAUUGGGCGUGUCAUUGGGAAGGGAGGGAGUACAAUAAAAAGUAUGAGGCAGGCAAGUGGUGCUCGUAUUGAGAUUGAUGAUUCCAAGGCUAAUCAUGAUGAGUGUUUAAUCAUUAUAACUACAACAGAGUCGUCAAGUGAUCUAAAGUCCAUGGCAGUUGAAACUGUUCUGCUAAUUCAAGGGAGGAUAAAUGAUGAAGAUGAUGCCAUGGUUUCAAUCCGACUUCUAGUUCCAUCCAAAGUGAUAGGUUGUAUUAUUGGUAAAAGUGGUUCAAUCAUAAAUGAAAUACGGAAGAGAACUAAGGCAGAUAUUCGAAUCUCUAAAGGCGAUAAGCCAAAAUGUGCAGAUGUGAAUGAGGAACUCGUUGAGGUGGGUGGCGCUGUUGAUUAUGUAAGAGAUGCACUAAUCCAGAUCAUCUUAAGACUCAGAGAUGACGUAUUGAGGGAAAGGGAUACUGGCCAUAAUCCUUCUAUAAGUGCUGAAUCUUUGUACUCAGGUGGUGCUGGUCUUUCGUUGUCAUCUGUGCUGCCUUCAGUUCCUUCUGUUGCUGCUCCACUGGUUUAUGAUCAGAGGGCUGAAAGUGGAAGUGGCUUUGGGAUGCUUUCUCCAAGCAGCCUGUAUGGAUAUGGAUCUUUGUCGAUGGGGGAAAAUGGCUAUGGAUCUGCAUCUUCAUAUGCCAACAAGCUGUAUGGAGGUUUUCCUCCUUCAUCAACUCUGGAUAUGUUGAUUCCUGCUAAUGCUGUUGGUAAAGUCUUGGGUAAAGGAGGCGCAAAUAUAGGCAAUAUCAGAAAGAUUUCAGGAGCAAUGAUAGAGAUUUCUGACUCCAAAUAUGCCCGUGGUGAUCGUAUUGCCAUGAUAUCUGGCACACCUGAACAGAAGCGUGCAGCUGAAAACUUGAUCCAGGCAUUUAUAAUGGCCACCUGAAUUAUUUAAAUUUUUUCUGGGGGUUUUGAAGGUGAAAAGUUUAAUUCUUGAAGCGUAUCUUUGUUCCUCUCCUUAGUUCCUUUGAGUUGGUCCUGGAGAGAGAAUAUUCUAUAGGGUUCUUCAACUUGACUCCUGCUUCUUCCAUAGAAGUGGCUAACAAGAUUGUGCUUGAGGGAUCCAUUGCUGGUUUUGUAUGUAGGAAUUAUAGUUCCUUUCCUUUUUCUUCCCUCAAUCUACUCUCAUCUGUGUUUUGUCAUAGAAUUGUUGGAUCUCUCUGUCCUUUCUUAAUGUUUGUCUUUGGCUAGUUGGAGUCAUCUCUAUCUCCAUCAAUUAUUUUCAGAGCAACCAUAAAGCAAUGUUUAUUUUGUUUCUGGUGAUUCACAUUUCACACUCUUAUUCACCUUUCUUGCUUAAAGUAUCUACCCUAAAGAUGCAAAUGAGAUGUUGAGUCUCUAGUAUUCUCCACUUUAUGGUAUCCUUGAUUAUCCAAGUAAUUUGGUCAUAAGUGGGAAAGUUGCCUCAUUAAUUUGAAAGAUUUCAGAAAACUCUGGAUCAUCUUCUUCCCUCUGAUCUAUUUCCAUAUCUUGUAAUCCUGUCAUACAUGAGGGCAUUUGCAACUAGAUAUAACCAUCUCGUUAUUAUCGCACCAAAUGUGAUUCAUUAUAUAUGUAGAAAAAUGCUAGAAGCCAGAUUUCAUUUGUUGAAUAAAAGAAAUUCAUUAAGACAAAGAGAAGAUAAAUACAAAGAAGUAGGAGGAUAUGAUUUCCUCCUCCUUAGGCGUAUAAAGAAAAUUUUGAACAUCAAAGAACAAAGAAAAGCAUCAAUGACUUUUGGAUGGAUGAGUGGUAGGUCUUAUCCAAAGAUCACCCUUUUAUGCAAGAGAAUUCUUGCAAUUUUUGUGGCUGUGUAGCACUAAUCAUACCUAUUACCUGAAAAGCCUCUGGGAUUCAUUUCAUAGAAGUUGUGUAUGUGCUUUUCACUUAUCUGUCUUGCGAUGGAUGCCAUUCGCAAGGAAAUACUUGCUAGCUGCUACAAUAUUUCGGGGUAAGACCACGAGGUGUCUCCACACCCCGUGGUUUCUAGCUGUUGCAUUUUAUUGUAGUAAGCCUUCCCCUCUUCCAUGUAAUUCAAAAUUGUUUCAUUGGAUCCCCCAAAUUCCAUCAAGGGUGGCUGUUGUAUUCAUGCUAUGAUCUCUAUCUCUGCUACCUUCAGCUUAUGUUGUCUGGUUUACAGCUCAACAUUUAGUAUCCCAACUGAAUUUGGAUUAUAGUUAAUUGACUUUUGGUGACCCUGAUAAUAUCCUGCUCUAUUUUUAGUGAUUUCUCCCAAGUAAAAAAUAAAUUUGUAGGCAGCAGCUUGGGGUUUAUUCACAUAUUGCUUUCUGAGUAAUAUGACAAAUAAUAGGAUGCAACACCAUUAAAUCAUCUUAUUUCAGCAUCAUUUCCCUCAUUCGUACUGCCAUCUUUUAUUGAACCAUUGUCUUUGUCCAGAUUACUUGUUGCCAUGUUUCAGCAUCAUGGGCUCAAACACCCUUUCUCUUAUUUAAAUAUGACGAACCUCUGUCCUUCUAUUAUAUGCAAUUAACUAGAUACUCUGUCAAAAUUUUGCUUUUCCUAGCAAUUUGUGAUGUACAAGUUUUCUUCAUUUUGCGUUAGUCAUAUAGAUUAUUUUAUGCGGUAUCUUAAACUCUCCCCACAAUCAUAUCAGCAUGAUUAUGCUCGUUAGAAUAUUUUUCCAAUCUUUGAGGACUAUUCCUCCCUUGGUUCUAGGUCACUGUAGACUUUCGAGCAGUAUGAAUUCCCAUACUGGAUUCUAUAUGCAUUACUGUCCAUUUUUUUUGCACAAGCUUUGAUUAUUCUGCUAUAAUUUUUACACGUAGGGGUGUAGUUUAGUUUGAGUGUGGUCAUUGGGUGCAACUAAGACAUUUUUGUCUUGUAGGUAUAUCUGUGGUAUUAUUUUCUUGUGAGAGCCAGUGUGGUUCAUUGGGGGGGUAGAAGCCUAUUGAAAGCUAAUGUUAGUUGUUACUAUUUGUUUAUAAAUUUGCUCUUAUCUUUCACAUUACUUAAUCUAAGCAAUAUAUGUUCAUUGUACAUAACUUCAUGACAAUCGAUAUGACGAUGAAUCAUUCAUACAUGUAUUUAUAUAUAACCAGGAAUAUA